AUGCCCGACAGCGACGGUCUGCUUAGACUCCAAGCUAGAGAGCGGGCCAGCAUUCGGGCCAGUAUCAACAAUGCCUGGAAGAAACUUGACGAGUACUACACGAAGCUUGCGGAUUCCCCUUUGUUCACUGCAGCUAUCAUUCUGAAUCCAAAUCUCGGCCUUCGGUGGCUGCGGCGUCGGUGGAGGGAUCCCGAACAACAUGAGUGGCUCGUUGCUGCGAAAGAUGGUCUCAAGGAAUACUUUGACCGCUGGUAUUGCAGCUCUGAUGAUCCCCAGCCUCAGGGUCGAUCUGUCUGUCGAGAUUUAGGCCGGGAGGACGAUGCUUACGAGGCCUUCGUCAACAGCGGAGUCAGUUCCGAUGAAGAUGGUAACGAGGACGAGAUUGACCGGUACUACAACAUGAAGGUCGGGGGCAACGUCGAUCCGGUUGAAUGGUGGAUCAGUAAUAAGGCUCAGUUCCCAAAGCUGUCUCAGAUGGCCCUUGACAUUCUCGCUAUUCCAGCCAUGGCAGCUGACUGCGAGAGGUCCUUCAGCAUUGCUAGGCUUACUCUGAGCUCCCAGAGGCAUGCAAUGAAGUGGGAGACUAUCGAGAUGCUUCAGAUGCUGAAGAACUGGCUUAGGAACGGCGAUAUCGUCAUCGGAGGAGUCAUGAAGGGCAGCAGGCCGGAUUGGGGAUCGAUUAAGGGGCAGCAGGGUUACGAAUAG